AUGACAGCCAUAGCUGGGAAGUACAACUUAGUACAAGUAACAACACAACUUCAAUUGUCGGGAGAAGGUUGGAAUGAGUUUGUAACCGCGUACAACCUUAAGGAAAAGGACACUCUCAUCUUCAAGUACAAGAAUAACGCGUGUUUUAAGGUUUCCACGUUUGAUGCACAAAGUUGUGGAGUUGAGAAGGAAUCGUCUUAUUUCGUGAAGAAAUAUGUUUUACCAAGAAGUGAUCAUAAUGAUGGGAAUAGUCAGGAAAAGAUAGCCAAUUCGAGGAAAGAGACUUCUCCACAUGAUUCCAAUGUUUUGAUUGAGAGAAAUGAAGGGAGUGAUCAAAAUCCGACAAGAGUUGAUACAAGGGAGCCGGUGUUUGAGUACAUGUCUAUAGAGGUUAAUGAAGACUUGGAUGAGGAAGUUGAGAUACUAAACCCUAAACGGAAAAUUGAUGACCCUGUAUGGACACCGGGAAAGAGACCAAGGGGGGAACUUCGCGAUGUUUGGGGUACUACUCGACAUGAGGAAAGCAUAGGUCCUCUUGAGAGCAUAAGAAAGCCUAUUACAGAACCUUUGGAAUGGCCUAGAAGUGUAAUGAAAGCUCGACAAGGUGCUUUGAUCCACGACAAGACACCAAAGCAUGAAAUCCCUAGCAGGAAACGGGAGCCAACAUAUGGUGAAAAAGAUAGGGCUCGGAAAUUAGCAUCACAAGGGUUAACAGAAGAGAGCUUCUACAUAAUAUUGUCAUCCUCGCAUGUGUCCAAGACAUUCCGAUUGGCUCUUCCAAAAGCAUGGACAGACAAGUAUAUGUCCCCCUCCCAUCAAGACGUGAUCCUUAGGCUAAAUGGUCGGGAAUGGCGUGCAAGGUACAACUUCGACAAGAAAAGAGUUGUAGGCCAGUUCAUUAGCGGAUGGAUUCAUUUUGCUCGCGACAAUGCUUUACAUGAGUUUGAUGCCUGUGUGUUUACGUUAGCUGGGCGAAAAGAUGGCAAAGUUAGCCUAGAUGUCAAGAUAAUUAGGGUCAUUGAUGAAGAGGAAAAUGAUGAAUUUCCAAGUGAUUGUAAAAGUGGUCAAGACACUCAACAGAGAGGUGCUCUGCGCAUGAUGCAGUUGUAG